GUCAUAAUCAGAAAUUAGGAGUUAAUUAGAUCUCGCAAUUUAGGGUUUUCAGUUUUACCCUUUUUGAUGAUCAAAACGGCUUCGAGUUUCUUUUUUCUUUAAUUACCUUUUUUCUCUGAUCUAAUGGCCAUGGAAGAUCAAUCGGCGGCGAGAUUUACCGGAAAAGUUAAUUGGUUCAGCGAUGGUAAGGGCUACGGUUUCAUCACUCCCGAUGUUGGCGGCGAAGAGCUUUUUGUUCACCAAUCUUCAAUCGUCUCCGAUGGUUUCCGUAGCUUGACUGUUGGUGAAUCGGUUGAGUACGCGAUCACGCUUGGAAGCGACAGGAAGACUAAGGCCAUUGAUGUUACUGCUCCAGGCGGCGGUUCUCUUAACAAGAAAGAGAAUAGUUCCCGUGGUGGCGGCGGUAGUUGUUUUAAUUGCGGUGAGAUUGGUCAUAUGGCUAAGGAUUGUAGCGGUGGUAGUGGUGGGAAAACCUUUGGAGGUGGCGGUGUUCGUAGAUCUGGCGGCGGCGAAGGUGAAUGUUACAAAUGUGGUGAUGUAGGACACUUUGCUAGGGAUUGUACUAGGCAGAGCGGUGGUGGGAACUUUGGAGGCGGAGGUGGCGGUGGCGGUCCGUGUUAUACUUGCGGAGAGGUUGGUCAUUUGGCGAAGGAUUGUCGUGGUGGAAAUAGGUAUGGAGGUGGUGGUCGUGGAUCUGGCAGUGAUGAAUGCUACUUGUGUGGUGGUGUUGGACAUUUCGCUAGAGACUGUAGGCAAAACGUUGGAGGUGGCGGCGGUGGUGGGAACACUUGCUAUACCUGUGGCGGAGUUGGCCAUAUUGCCAGAGUUUGCACCAGCAAGAGACCUUCUGGUGGUGCUGGUGGUUGUUACGAAUGUGGAGAAUCUGGCCAUAUGGCUCGUGACUGUGAUCGGAGAGGAAGCGCAAGCGGCGGUGGUGGUGGUGGCAGUGGCAAGUGCUUCAAUUGUGGCAAGGAAGGUCACUUUGCAAGGGAAUGUUCUUUGGUUGCUUAAAGCAAAGAAGAGAGUAAUGUUCAUAUACCUCUUUGUUUUCUAUUAAUCUUUCUACCUAAGGCUCCUUUUUGGUGUAAUGACUAUAGUGUGAUUGCUAGAGUCGUUUAGGAUGGUUUCUUUUGGCGUUUUUUUUCUUAUGACUGGUAUUUGCAAACCUAUUCACUGCUUUUGUUGAUCCUACAAGUUUGAGACUUGGAUGAUAUGUGUGUGAUUCCAUUAGUUGCAGUUUCGUGUCUUUUCUUUACAAUGUGUGUGAUGUGAUGACAUAAAAGAUCCAAUCUAGUCUGUAAUCUGUUAUGCUCACUUCUGUGUAUACCAAGAUUGCUAAAACUUGACUGAUCUCUUUGUACUAUUGUGGGCAAAUUUUAUAUUCAGUCUCCUUA